GCCACUGAUGGUAUUUCUGCCAAAUUCCUUCGCAGUUAUGUCAAAUAAUGAAAUGUAGAUUGCUGUAUAUUUCCAUCAAGUUUCUUCGCCAUUUGCUCAGCCCACACAGAAGUGAUUAAUUCCUCUUCGAAAUCUUGCCAAAAAUAGUCGAAGGUGUUUUUUAGUGUCAAAAUGACUAGUGUUAAAUAAAUGAGCAAUGAACUCGGUCGACUGGAUUCCGAAACGGGCCUCGUUUGUUUUCAUUGGAAAGUGAGUGAUGAUUGUCAAAAUCGGCUUGUGUGGUGCUACGUAAAUCUCCUCAAGGAUAAACUAGAGUGUAUUUAGUGUGAAACAGUGUAUUUUAUAUCGCAUUUGUCGCGAAUAUGCGUUUGUUUAUACCUACGGUAAAUGUUUACAUUGUUAUUCUGAUGUCGGACAGCUAAUGAUUGUAGCAAUUAUAAAUAGUUCGAUCGAAUUUAAGUGAUUUCUGGAAUUGAAUACGCGACUUACAAGGGACGGAAUAUGUCAAAUCCACCGACAUUUGAACGUGAUAGAAUCAAUUAUCUAAAAAAUGAAAGAAUUCUCUCGCAAAAGAAGACUUUUACCAAGUGGAUCAAUUCAUUUCUGAACAAGAUCAAUUUACAUGUAAAUGAUUUGUUCACUGAUUUGAGUGAUGGCAAAGUCCUGAUAAGACUUCUAGAAUCAAUAUCUGGUGAAAAGAUUGGUCCUCCAGCCCGAGGCAAACUUAGACUUCAUAAGAUUGAAAGUGUUAGCCGAGCAUUGACCUUCCUUCAAAAACAUGUUCAGCUGGUUGGUGUAGGACCUGAGGACAUUGUUGAUGGUAAUGGCAUGCUGAUUCUUGGCCUUGUGUGGAUGAUAAUCUUGCGAUUUCAAAUCGCUGAAAUUUCUGUUGAGGAUGACGGUUCAAGUGAAAGAAAAUCAGCCAAGGAAGCGUUGUUGCUUUGGUGUCAAAGAAAAACGAAAGGAUAUCCUGGCGUCGACAUUCAGAACUUUAGCACCAGCUGGAAGAAUGGAUUGGCAUUUAACGCUUUGAUACAUAAACACAGACCUGAUCUUAUAUCGUACGACUCGCUCAGACCGAGUAAUCACGAUUUCAAUCUCAACAACGCCUUCAGUGUUGCUUGGGAAAGCCUCGGUAUAACAAAACUCUUGGAUGCCGAAGACGUGAACUGCCCACGACCAGAUGAUAAGUCCAUAAUGACAUACGUCUCAGCAUAUUACCACUAUUUUGCGAAAAUGAAAGUUGAGGAGACUGGUGGGAGACGAAUUGCUAAGAUCGUCGGUGUUAUGAUGGAGAUUGACGAUAUGAAGACACAGUACGAGAACAUGGUGUCAUCCUUGUUGGAGUGGAUACAAAAAAAGAUCUUGGAACUGCGAGAAGAUUUCACGAGAUCCUUGCCGGUCGUUCAGAAAGAGAUGCUUCGUUUUAAACAUUUCAGAACUGUUGAAAAACCUCCAAAGAACGCGGAGAGAAUGAACAUUGAGCUUCAUCUGUUUGCUGUGAAUACAAAAAUCCAAGCGAAUAAACAAAAUCGUUAUGUCGUCCCGUCCGGCAAGAUGAUUGUUGACAUCAGCAAGGCGUGGGAAGCCAUGGAGGGGGCUGAACACGAGAGAGAGACUGCUCUAAGACAGGAAUUGCUCAGACAAGAAAAUCUUAGACAGUUGGCAGAAAAGUUUAAUAGAAAGGCGAUGCUGAGGGAGUCUUGGUUAGAUGACAUGAUGCAUGUGUUGGAACAAGAGGAGAGUGGUGAUGAUAUCUCUACAGCUGAUUCAACACUAAGACGACACGAAGCCAUUUCACACGACAUUCAAGCGAGGGAAGAUAGAUUUAACAUCGUUCUGUCGAUUGUGCAACAACUAGAUGACGAACAGUAUCAUGGGAUUGUAGCAGUCAGGAAAAGGAAAAGUGUAAUCAUGACCAAGUGGACGAAGUUAAAGAAGCGGGUUGCUGUUCGACACGGGAAGUUGCUGGAGCUCGCUAAGCUUGUUGGGGUAUUCAGGGAUAUUGAGGAAGUUCGGGGAGCCUUGCGGGAUCUUGAGGUUCCACUAAAAUCGAGCGACUAUGGCAAACAUUUAGCCGAUGUGGAAAGCUUGCUACAGAAACACUUUAUCGCAGAGACCGAGAUAACAAUGCAGUCUAACAGACUGAGAGAAAUUGAGAAGAAAUAUCGAAGCUUGAUGAAUGUAGACCAUCCGCAGAAGAAUGUCUUAGAUAAACAUUAUGCGACUCUUCAGGAAUUGUACAAGGGAAUAUCAUCGUUGUCAAAUGGGAGAAGAACAAAGCUCGACGAAUCACGAUGUCUUCACACGCUUUCUAUCAAGAGUGGGAAGAGGAAGAUAUUCAUCAAAGAGAAAGAAAGAGAGGCUCUUUCGAAAGACGUCGGCCGAGAUUUAGUCAGCUUGACGCGGUUGUUGAAGAAACACGAGGACUUGAAGGCCACUGUCGCAAAACACCAGACAUCUUGCGAUGCAGUUUUAUUAAAAGGACAAGGAAUGGUCGGGCAAAGCCAUUACGCAUCAAACGACAUUCAAAUGAAAGUAAAACUUCUGCAAACUACUUUCAGCCAUCUGAAGGAACUCUUUGAAAUCCGAGGAGAUAGAUUAAAAGAUGCUGUGCAGUCGCUUCAGUAUUAUUCAGAUGCAAAUGAUGCGGAAUCGUGGAUCAAGGAGAAAAUGGUUUUGGUAGGGAGUGAGGAUUAUGGCAGAGAUGAGCAAACUGCACAGUCACUGUUACAAAGACAUGCUCACAUUCAUGAUGAAAUUGAAGCUUUUCGAAGCGAUAUUAGAAAACUGGGUGAACAAAGUCAGUUAAUGAACGAGACAAUUCAUACGAAAAAAAACGAAGACAAGAAAGAUAAUUUUGGUGCUGACGAAGGGGAGACAACUUUUGAAACGUAUUUUGAAGAACAGGAAGUGGACACAGAGGAAGAAGUGGAGGAAAUUAUUGAAAAAGAGACGGUUAAAGAUGUUGUAAAGGAGGUGAAAAUACCACAAGCGAGAGCGUUGUAUCCUUUUACUGGAUCAGGAAUAACCAUUAAUAAAGACGAGAUCCUGUACGUUUUAGCAAAGUCGAAUAAAGACUGGUGGAGCGUGAGGCGGCAAACGUCUCGGGAGAGCGGCUACGUGCCUGCAAAUUACGUUCAAGAAAUCGAACCAAGAAUCAUCAAAAAGAUGGCGAAAGAGACGAUGAUUGUUCCGGAGACAGUAAGAGUGAAAAGGAAGAUUAAAAAGAAGAUACAAGUGGAAAGGAAACGAGAGGUCGCGGUGAAACGUGCCUCACCACCAACUUCAUCUCGCUUGUCAAGAAACAGAAAUAAAAGCAAGCGUGCUGUAAAACGACAUUUUACGGCUCAUUUCGACCGGGAUAACGCCGCUGUGAGACAACUCACUCUCGGAAAUAUGUACCAAAGAUUACUGGAAUUAUCACAGAUAAGACGCGAAAACCUGAAAUAUUCGCAGAAAUACUUUCGUUUCUGUUAUGAUAGCGAUGAACUUGAAAGUUGGAUUUCCCGCAAAGAGAAAUGGUUACACACCGAAGCUCUUUGUGGUGUUGACGAAUAUACCAGAGUAAAGAAGCGACUGGAGGAACUUGGACGGGAGAUGACAGCCAAUGUCUGUCGUUUGGAUGUGAUAAGCGACCUUGUAAAGGAACUGCUCGAAUCGGAGAGAUCAGAUCUUGAAGAAAUAAAGACCAGAAAACAAUUCAUUGAGAAAAGGUGGAGCAAUUUGAGGAGUCUUGUCGAAAAAAAGAUUAAAGAUUUAGAAGAAAAACAUGGUGCUCAGUUGUUUCACAGCGCCUGCGAUGAACUGGUUUCUUGGAUGAGAGAAAAGGAGAAAAGUCUGUCAGGAAAUGUACACGAUCUUGACCUAGAAACUGUCCGAAAACUCCAAAGAAAACAUCAGGAUUUUGAAAGGCAGCUAGUACCUUUCGAAAAGAAACUACUUAACAUUAAAGAACACGCUAAAAGUUUAGUUCAGAGGCACCCAGGACAGGCCAGUCAAAUUCGCAAGAAAGAAAUUGACACCCAAAACCUCUUCGACUCUUUAAAGGAGAAAACAGCAAAACGAAGUGCUUCCUUGAACGAAGCCUAUGGUCAACAAGGAUUUUUAGACGAUUCUAAAGAACUGCUUCACUGGUCGCAAGAGAAAAAGAGAUUGCUGGGAUACAAAGAAAAACCUCAAGACAUUGAAACAGCGAAGAAAAUGAUUGACGAACACAAGGCAUUGUUGGAGGAUAUAAGUUCAUACAAAGAUCGAUUUGAUCAACUGGUAGCCUACGGGAAAAGUCUUCUCAGCCAGAAUCCAAAGGCAAGUCGAAUUCGAGACAACAUCGUUGACCUUCAAGGGGAAUAUCGAACACUGACAGACAUCUGGAAAAGACGUGAUGGGGAAUUACAGCAAGACCUUGACUUGUUGAUCUUUAUCCGUGACGCUGAACGAAUCAACGCCAUUUCAGCUUCUCAACUCUCUUAUUUAUCAAAUGCUGGCACAGGGGAUUCCCUCGACGAGGUCGAAAGCCUUUUGAGGAAACACAACGACUUUGGAAAAUCAUUUGAAGCUCAGGAAGAGAAAGUACAUAUGCUGCAAGAGAAUGCUAAUAGUUUGGCUUCAGCUGAUCAUUAUGAUACCGAAAGGAUCUUGGCUAGGAAGAAGCUAGUGCUAAACAGACGCGAGUCAGUGAAACGCCUUGCACAGGAACGGAAGCAAAAUCUUUUGUCCAGCAGAGUUUUGCAUCAAUUCAUAUGGGAUGUGAAUGAGUUUGUAUCCUGGAUAAACGAGAAACUACUCAUCGCAUGCGACGAAAGUUACCGAGAUCCAGCAAAUAUUGCCAAGAAGAUCUUAAAACAUCAAGCUUUUGAAGCAGAAAUCACUGCAAACCAGCCAGAAUAUCAGCGUCUGUGUCAGAGUGGGCAAAACCUUCUUGCAGAAGGUAACUCGGGCCAUGAAAAUGUUUCUGAAAGAAUGAAGGUGCUUAACGACUUGUGGUCGAAUUUAUUGUCGUGCUCUUCGGAGAAAGCCGUGAGAUUGAGUCAAGCUGCCGAGCAAUUGAAAUUGAACCAACUUCUAGAGGAUGAAAAACUAUGGCUCAAUGAUAUGGAAACUUUGCUAUCGUCCCCAGAUAUCGGUGAAACUCUGAUGGACGUCAAGUUCUUACUCAAGAAACAACAGAAUCAAGAAAGUGAAAUUAAAAUACAUGAAGAAAACUUGGAGAGUAUAAAAGAAAAUAUUGAACGCAUGCGACAGCAGAAGUUUUUCGAUGCUGAAAGAAUCAAUGAUGAUGUAACAUUGUAUAUAAACAGAUAUAAUCAGAUCUGUGAUAUGGCCGUGCUAAGGCGUGCUCAACUGGAUGAUUCUCUGGCUUUCCAUCAGUUCGGACGAGACGUUGAAGAUGAACUCUCGACAAUCCAAGAGCAUUAUUAUCAUGUCUCGUCCAAAGAUCUGGGAGCGAGCUACAUUGCCGUCCAGAAUUUACAAAGACGUCAUCAGGCGUUUGAAACGGAGGUGGCCAAUCGUCAGCAGAGAAUAGACGAGGUUCUGGCCGUUGGUCAAGAGCUGAUCGACAGCGGUCAUUUUGCUGCAGAUCAGAUUGAAGAAUGGUGCGAUAAACUAACCGAAUCCUGGGAACAAUUGCUGGAAAAGUGUACCGAACGGAGAGAUGUACUUGGUGAUGCUGCUGAGUCGCAAAGGUAUUUCGUUGAGGCAAAUGAAGCUGACUCGUGGAUGAACGAGAGAGCAGGUCUGGCUUCGAAUCAGGAUUAUGGAAAGGAGGAAGAAUCUUGUCAGAAGCUUCUGGCAAAACACAACGCUUUGAUAACAGCUGUCGACAGUUAUGGUGCCGUCAUAGAGGAACUGGCUAAAGAGAGAACGCGGUUGAUUGAUAACAAACAUUUUGAUUCUGUUGCCAUUGAAACGAGACAGUUGGACCUUGAAGAACAGUAUCUAGGUUUAAAAACGUUGGUUACCGUACGAUUAAAUAAACUCAACGAAGCAAAUAAACUCUAUCAAUAUUUGAAAGAAGUGGACGAACUUGCGGACUGGAUCAACGAGCAGAUCCAAGUCGCUUCGUCUGAAGAAUAUGGACAUGACAUCGAACAUUUGCAGGAAAUUCAAAGCAAGUUUCAGGACUUUACACAGACUGUUGCACUGAAUACGGAGACGUACAAUCAAGUGGACAGAUUUGCAAAAGAUUUAGUUGCCGAAGGCCACACCGAAACGGUAACGAUUAAAGAUGAGCAGGAUAUUUUGAGGUCCAUGUGGCGUCAACUUCAAGAUCAAAUCGCCUCCCGUCAAGAUAGACUUCACAGUGCCUCGGAGAUCCACAAAUUCACCAACGACUUGGACGACUUAAUGGAUCGUAUUCAAGAAAAAGACAAUUCUUUGUUAUCAGAUGACGUCGGCAGGGACGCGGGAACAGUUCAAGUUUUGCAAAGACAGCAUGAGGUGUUUGAACACGAACUUAAACCGACGGAGAAUGAGGUUUUAACGAUACUCGAUGAAUCGAAACGGCUGAAAGAUGCUUAUAAAGGUCAAACUGCUGAUGCAAUUGGGGAGCAGGAAGAGUUAAUUGCAAACAGUUGGGAAGAGUUGAAGAAGAAAUCUAAUGCACGCCGUAGAAAGCUGGACGAUGCUUUACAGUUUUACAAUCUAACUAGUUCUAUUCGUGAUUUAACAUCGUGGUGUUCAGACAUGAUUCGUUCGAUGGAAAUUGUUGAUGUUAUUGAUGACAUUCCGUCAGUGGAAUCUCUUCUUAUAGCGCACGAUGAGAAGAAGAAAGAGAUUGAGGCGAGAGAGGAGGUGUUUGGGAGUGUCAUUGCACAAGGGGAGGAGAUGAUUGAAUCAGGACACCAUUCCAGUGAGGAGAUUAGCGAGAAAGUAGAGCUCCUUCUUAAUGAAAGAGAAAGUUUACAUGAAAGUUGGACGCAAUGUCAAACCCAGUAUGAUCAAAUGUAUGAACUCGCUGUAUUUAUGAAAGAAGCCAAACAGCUGGAAACUACGAUGAGCUCUCAGGAGCUGGUAAUGGCAGGAGCAGAACUGGGGAACAGCGUUGAUGAAGUUGAAUUACUUCUCAAGAGACACGAGAACUUGGAAAAGCUCGUCUUGGCGCAGAAAGAAAAGAUCGCAGGAUUGCAGGAACUGUCUGAAAACCUCGCGAGUCAUGAACAUUUUGCUAGUGAGGUUUUGAAAGAGCGAGUGGAUGUAUUGAAUCAGCGUCACGAGCGACUGGAAGGACUCCUUGAACAAAGACGUGUUAAUUUAGAAGACUCGAAGAGACUGGCGCAGUUUUAUCAAAAUAUUGUCGAGUUGAAUUCAUGGAUAACCGAAAAGCUUCAGACCGUCUCGGACGAUUCCUACAAGGAACCCAGAAAUCUAGAAAGCAAACUUAAAAAGCACUCCGCAUUUUGCGCUGAGGUCACAGUUCAUCAAACGACUGUUGCGGAUGUCAAGAGUAUCGGAGAAACCUUGAUAGCAAACGAGCACUACGCCUGCGAUGAUAUUGCUCAGCGCCUGGAUUACUUGGAAGACCGCUGGCAGGAAUUGUUGCAGUCGUCGAGUGUAAAAAGCCAACGGUUAGAGGAAGCCCGAGAUCAUGUGAAAUUUAAACAAGAAGCCGAUAGCUUGGAAAUGCUGAUCAAGGAUAAGGAAAGUAUCGUAUCGUUUGAUGAGACCGGCAGCGACUAUGAUGAGUGUCAAAUUUUGAACAGAAAGUCCGCGGAAUUUGAGCAGGAAAUUCAGGUAGAGAGUAAACAAGUCGAGAAGUUUAUAACCUUGGCCAACAAACUGGUAUCCGUUAGCGACUCUGGUGCGGAAAUCGUUUUGGAAAGACAGCAAAUGUUGAGUCGGAGAUGGGAAAAGUUGAAAGAAAAGGCUGCUGAAAGGAGACAAAACUUAGCCGGUGUUUUGCAAGUGUUUUCAUUCCUUAAAUCUUGUGAUGAAUUGCUCGACAAUAUGAAUGAAAAGGGCUCCCUGGCUUCGAUAGAAGAUUACGGCAAAGAUCUUGCUGGCGUCGAAUCGCUGCUUCGUAAACAUGACGAACUGGAAAGAAAUGUGAUUUUGCUGAAUGAGUCUUUUGAAAAGAUUAAAAACGAUGGAGAAAACCUUAAGAAGAACGAGAGAAACAAAAGACACGAUCUUGACACGAAGGUUACCACGAUGAUGGAGAAUUUAGCACGAGUGAAUCAACUUGUUGUGAACAGACGAGACGUGUUAGAAGAACACAAGUUGCUUCAUAUGUUUCUCUCUGAUUACGACGAUCUCAUCUCCUGGCUUCAAGAUCUUUCUCAAAAUCUAAAGUCCGAUGACUUGCCCCAAAAUUUGAAGGCAACCGAAGAGGACCUCAGAGUACAUCAGGAGCGAAAGAGAAUAAUGGAUGCACACCAAGGGCAAUCGAACCGCUGUGUGGAGUUAGGAAACCAACUCAUCCAUCAGGAGCACUUUGCAGCCGCGGAGAUUCUGGAGAACAUAGCGAAGCUACAAGACCUUUGGUCUAGCGUUGAAGAAGAUUGGGAUCGAAGAAAAAAGCUGCUUGAACAAGAACAUCACCUUCAGCGGUUCCUCGCUGAAGUGAGACAGUUUGAGAACUGGAUUGUAUCAAAAGAGACUUUAGUCAUGGACGAUGAUCUCGGCGACUCUUUGCCGGCCGUGGACGAACUUCUGAAGAACCACACGAACCUGUUGAACUCUCUUCUUGCCUACGAGGAGCAGGCAAAGAAAUUGACAGCAACCGCAGAGAGUUUCCUCGAGUCUGGUGACUACGAUAAUAAAGUUAUUCGCAAGACAGUUUUGAUCAUGAAUGAAAAGUGGAGGGGAUUGAAAACCUCGGCUGAAAAUAAACAAACAAGGCUCGAAGAGUCUAAAUUGUUGCAACAGUUUGUGCAAGAUUGUAAUGAGCUUGAAUCUUGGAUGAAAGAAAGACUUCAGGUCGCCAACGACAGUUCAUAUUUAGAAAGAAGUAACCUUGAACGGAUUUUGCAAAAGCACAAGACGCUCGAAUCAGAGCUGUCAGCGAAUACAAGACGCGUGGAAGAUGCCGUACUUCAAGGGACCUGCUUAGUACAGGACAAACACUUCGCUUCUAUCAAGAUAGGAAAGACUGUUGACAAAAUUCAAGGACUUUGGAAUGAACUAAACUCAAAAACUGUAGGCAGAGGAAAGAAACUUCAACAAGCGUCAGAAAAGAGGGUUUUUGAUUGGUCAAUCGAGGAUUUCUUGGAAUGGUUGUCGAGUGUAGAAAAAGCUUUGACAUCGGAAGAACUAGGAAAUGAUUUAAAUAGUGUUAAUAUUUUGAUAAAGAAGCACUCGUUACUAGAGGCAGAUAUCGUUGCCCAUCGAGAAAGGGUGAACGAGUUUUCAAGGAGAGUGGAAGAAUUUGAAGCGGGUAGUCAUUUCCAGUUGGAUGAGAUUCGAAAAAAGGCUGACGAGGUUACGCAAAGGUACAACAACCUCACCGAGCCUGCGGUACGCCGUUCGUCGCUCCUACAGCGGUCCCUAACCCUUCACCAGUUCCUUCGCGACGUUCAAGAUCAACUGAAGUGGCUCCAGGAGAAACAAAGGGUUGCGGAGUCUGAUGAAGUUGGUCAAGAUUUACUAGGAGCCGAGGUAUUGAUGAAGAAACAUGAAGUACUCGAGAGCGAGGUGAAUGUUCGUGAGAAACUCGCGAAAAGCGUCCAGGGGGAUGGAGAGCGUUUGAUGAGCGAGGAGCAUUACGCAUCUGAAGAUAUUCUCAAGCAUAGCAAAAUUCUAGAGGAUUCUUGGACGAAAUUACUGGAGACGAUUGAAAAGAGAAGAAAGAAGCUAUGCGAUUCUUUACAAGUGCAAAAGUAUUAUCGAAGUGUUUUGGAGAUGGAAUCAUGGAUUGAUGAUAAACUUUACUUUGCAAAUAGUGAUGAUUUUGGCCAGUCUGGAGACAGUGCAAAACUUUUACUUCGUUCUCACGAGACCUUGCAGCUUGACGUCCAUGGAUUUGAAUCGAAGAUUGAAGAAACGAAGAGUCUCAGUCAGGGCAUGAUACGAAACGGGCACUUUGAGCAUGUCGCUAUCACGGAGCGCCAGACGAAUUUGGAACGGAAAUUUGAGGAUCUGAAACAAUGUGUCGAAGCGCGGCAACAGCGCUUGGAGGAUGCUGUGUCUUGGUUUCAAUUUUCCCACGAGACCGCUGAACUCCGUGAUUGGAUGCUCGACAUAGAAAAGGCCGUAGAUUCGCAGGACUGUGGCAUAGACUUGGAGCAUGCGCAAAUGCUUCUGAAUAAGUUUGAAGAUUUCGCGCGUGAUUUGGUAUCGUCGGAAGAUAGGAUCGUCGCUAUCAAUGAUUUGGGCCAGGAGAUGAUUGAAACUGAGCACACACGAGCAAAGGAUAUUGAGCAAACAAUAUUGAAACUAUGUCGAGACUGGGAUGACCUAAAGGAACGCGCCAGCGCGCGGUUGAAGAGACUGGAGGACUCAAGAGCCUUGCAUAGCUUUAAGAACAACCUCGAGGACACGAAGACGUGGAUCAAAGAGAAACAGAGAAUCGUCGUGUACAAUGAGGAACUGGGAAAAGAUGUUUCAACCGCAAAGAAGUUAUUACGGAUUCAUGGUGAAUUAAAGAGGGAUGUUGAUGCUGUUUCAGAAAAACUGGAAGGCUUCCAGAAAGAUGAAGCCAAAUUAAGCUCCCAAAUCCCAGGGGAAAAAAAGGACUUAGAAAUAAUGCUUGCGGAAUUAAGAGAAAUGCUUCGACAACUACACUCAGAUAUGGCUGACCGACAACAAAAACUUGAACAAUCUGUGGAACUGCAACUGUUUCUCAGCGAACACAAGAACAUUAGUUCCUGGAUAACAAAUAUGACGACACAGGUGACGUCAGAUCACCAUGGUAACAACGAAACAGAUCUCGAAGGGAUGUUAUCCGGACAUCACGAACUGAAAACGGAGAUGAAUGCGAUGUGUAAGAAUUUCGAAAACCUCGAGAGUUCUGGGGAAUGUUUGCUCGGGAAAAACCAUUACGCCGCGGAGGUCAUCAAAAACAGACUUCAGGAAUUGCACCAAUGUUGGAGCGCGCUUGUGAUAUCGUGGGAGGAACGCAGCGCGGGACUGGAGAGAAGAAAGAAGGCUGAAAAUAUGAAUCGUGAGGUAACGCAACUGGAAGCAUGGCUCUUGAACCAGGAGGCAAACCUCUCGUUGAGUGAUGUUGGAAAUUCGCUGGAAAAUGUUGAAGAUCUACUAAAAAGACACGAUGAGGUGGAACGAAUAUUACUUGCUCAAGAAGAGCGAUUUCUUGGCUUGAUUCAACCGAUGGAUGAUGAUGAUGACACUCUCAAUGCCACGGAUGAAGUCAUUCCAAAUUUGAAGCAUGAAUCUUCCUUUGUAGAACCUGUUGAUGACUUGACAGACAAGUCUUUGGCUUGUGAUGACUCCUCACGGAGUACUAACAAUAACACGACCGAACUCCCUGGAUUGGAGAACCUGCAAAGCUUAUCAAAUAAUCCCCAGCAUGAAAUCGAUUUUGCGAACAGCACUUCGGCUUCUGAAAGCUUUUCAACAUCUGAAGACUACGACGCGGUGAAAGCAAGUCAGGUGUUUGAAUUGAGCAGCCUUCCGACUCCUGUUCCUGUUGAAGACGGCUUCGACCUGGUAGACGAGGCUCAAUCAAGCAGAGAUCAUAAUGGAGCAGAUAUUUGUGAGGUGCUUGAGAUCAACAGCAAGAAAUGUUUAUCAAAUUUGACUUCCCAAAGCGACAAACUGGUUGGUAUAAUAACACACGAAGAGCAACUUGAUUCAAGAGAUCUCCAAAGAAUAAUUGACUCAAGUGAUGAAGAUGGAAAACUGCCCAAAGAAGUUGUAGAAAUAACAGACACUGUGCAGGAUGGCAUUGCAGAUAGUUUUGUAGAAGCUGUGGAUCGUGAAACGUCUUUAGAUAAGGGCGAAUCAGGAAUACCAGGGCUUCAAAACAUGGACGAUGCUGAGAAAUCUACAGCUUUCGGUGAAGUAGUUCAUGAAGAAAUUGAGAGAAAUUCUUUCAGACCUCAAAGCAAAUACGGCUUAUACAAAGAACCAUUAACGACUAGCGAGCGUAUUUUAGGCGUGACACCCCUGUGUUCUGGCAUCUUAAAAAGAAAACAAGAAACAGACGCUUCAGGUCAACGAUCUGUUGCACAACCAUGGAGGUCAUAUUACACUGUUCUGUCCGAAGAUAUACUACAAUUCUUUAAAGAUCUUGAAGGGUUCAAGUCGAAGUGGCAUGUUUCGAAGCCAAUGAGUUUGGUAGGCGCUUUGUGCGAGCACGUUAAGGAAACGUCAAGACAAGGCUAUGUUUUUAGGGUGAUUUUUCGCGAUAGAUCCGAAUACCUGUUUGAAACUGAAAACGAAGAGGAAUGCAAAGUGUGGGUAGGGAAGGUGAAUUCAGUGAUUAAAAUGGCUGCAAGGUUUGGUGGUGGUAAUGAUGUUGAAGUUUACCACGAUGAUAACUACGGUGUUUAUGAUGGUGAUAGCCGAGGUGCAAAAACUAUCAUUCCUGCCGAUGAAGAAAGCCGUAAUUCAAUAAGGCCACGUGGAGAUCAUGCCGAUGAAGUUGGAAUUUAUGACAGUGGUGAUACCCAUGACCAUAAACAACAAAAUUCAGACAACCAAAGCCUGGAUGCACCAACCAUUGUCAUCACUGAUCCAAACUCGAACGACGAGUUUCUGAUGGAAGAUGAUAUUCAUAUAGACACGCGUUCGUCCGUAGAUUCUGAUGAAGAUCCUCAAUUAUCUGAUGAAGAUGCAAUUUCACUACCCGAUCACUCGGAAUACAAUCUUCCAAGUUGGUACCCGACAGACGCUACGGAACCUUCAACUGAAGUCCUCGAAAGGAAAGACAGGGAAAAUGAUCAACCACCCCCCGUUCCUAACACCCCACCUCCCUCGGACAUUCACCCAAAUCUCCUCCCCGAUCUGCAAGAGACUCCGCCUCCAUCAUCAGGUGAAGAUCUGUCGGAUAUUCUAGGAUUCAUUCCACCACCUGUAUUGGAUCCAUCUUUUGAUUUUCUCGUGGAAACAAAGAAUGAGGUCGAAACAUCGGUUCCAAGUGAUUCACAACCGUCAAACAAAACGCGAUUUCAUCAAGAAGCCAAAAACGAUCCCUCCUCUACCUUUUCAAGGUUUACCACUGGGAGAAUUGCCCCUCCUCCACCCCCGCGACCCUCCGUAUCGUCGCUAUCUGACUUAGACCUGCCAAUAUCCAUACAAACUGCUCGCAAACAACAAGAACCGAAGGAGGAAAAGAAAGGAAUGUUUUCUGGUAUCUUUAAAAGAAAAAAAUGAGCCAAAAACAUUGGAGCAAGAAUAGCAAAAUUGUAAAUAUACAUAAAUCACAAUUGCACAAGAGCUUUUUCUAACAGUCACUCGAAGACUCAUAGCAAAUAUUGCCGAUGCUUGAAUCCCUUUGGACCCCCAAACGUACCAUUAUGUAUGUAUGUACAGUACAAUACAUAUUGCAUAGCUAUCAUUUGUAUAUUUUUACGCAUUCAUCACAUAAAUAUCACAGCAAACUUGUAAGUUAGUA